ACACACUUCGCCCUCUCCCACUUGUGCCACCACCACACACACAUACACACACACACACUUCUCCCUCUCCCCUCCGCCCUCGCCACUUCCCUCGCCCCACCACUCCUCCUUCCUUCCCCCCUUUCUUUGGAAGCCGGCUCGCAAACCUUCCAACCAUGGCUGAAUCCGUCGUCGAGGCAGAUUCAGAACUGCUGCCACCGACAGGCAUCCGCAAUCCAGGCGCAUCAGACUAUCUGGCUGUUCUCGUUCAGGCGCUGACCCAUGUGCCACCCAUCCGCAACCGCCUGCUAUUCUGGGACAAUCCGGAUGGCGACAAGGUGGCCGACGCCGUCGCUGCUGGCACACCACUCUCCGAUGCUGUCGAGGCCUGUGCCAGGAGCGCGAUGGAGGACGACCAUCCGUCGUACCGCAUCACAGGCGCACUGCAGCGGCUAAUGGCGCGCUGCAUCGCGGGCCCGCGCGAGCAAGCGGCAGAGCUUCGCGAUCUCGCCGCCGCGUUUGGUUGGUCCGGGGCCGACCUCGCCCAGGGCCACGACGCCCAGGAGCUGUAUGCGGUCCUCAUCGGCGCGCUCGACUCGGAGCUCGCCGCUGACACCGUCGUCGAGGUGUCGGGCGAGGCUGUCGGUCCAUCUCCCAACCUCAUCUCGUCACUGCUCACGGUCUCGGUGAAGCGGACCAUCACCUGCUCUGAGGGGCAUGUUAGCGAGCGGGCCGAUCCUGCGUUCUCGCUCCAGGUCCGUGUUGCCGGCCAGCUGUCGCUCGUGGCGUCGCUGCAUGACACCUUUCUCACGUCAGAAACGUUUGACGGCGACAACCAGUACUCGUGCUCACAGUGCGGCGUCCACCGCGAUGCCAUCAUGCGCCACUCGCUCGAUCCCGACCUCCCACCGGUCCUCGUCUUCACACUUGCGCGCAUCGACUUUGACUUUAUCACCUUUACUCGCCGAAAAGUCAACUCGUCGUUGGAGAUUCCGGCCACACUGAGCAAGGCUGACCUGCUCAACAGGCCCGACGCCGGUGCCGAUGCCGACGUCGAUGCCGAUGCCGACGCCGACGCGCCCGCCUACCAGCUCGCUGCAGUUGUGUGCCACAGCGGCACCGCCAACGCCGGCCACUACACUGCACACGUGCGUGAUCCGGCAAGCCAGACGUGGUGGCUCGCAGAUGACGCCAACGUCGAGCCGUCGCCUCUUGCCGACGGCGAGUGGGAUCCUCGACGAUGA